CCCCUCGCCUCCACCAGCUCGGAAGCCCCACGGUAUGGCUGGUGCAUUGCCACUGCCAGAAAAGCCUCGCUGUUUCUUCGGCUCUCCAAGGUUUCUUCCCUUGGUCGGAUCCUGCUCCGGUCGAUCCUACUCCCACACAGCGACAUCUACGCACGAUCUCUUCACCCGCCAUGAGCCAGACCUAUUGCGUCAAUCAGAUCUGCGUCCAAGGCAGCCAGCCGGGCACCUAUGAUUGCACCAUCCCCACCAGCACCCUCACCGCCGGCAACUGCAUCGGCGUGUCCCCCCAAUACAUCACCAGCGCCCAGAGUCUGAUGGCCUCGGACUCGCAGCAUCGCCUGCUCGCCCGCAUGUGCUGCAACUUCAACGGAUGCAGCUUCUCGGACCAAGCCAUCAGCCCGUGCGCCACGACAGACGACAACUUUGCCUGCGUCGUUGGUGUUGUCGCCGGCCAGCCCUAUGUCUCCUGCCGCGACCUGUUCUUUGGCGACAGCAGCAACUUUUGCACCUUCUCGUUCCCGUCCACCUGGACUCCUACGCAGUGCAGCGUCGCUUCGCCGUCAACUACUGCAGCUGGCCCUGUCCCCGCCCCUGGCACAACUGCGACAUCUAGGGUCGUCCCCGCCCCUGGUUCAACUGCUACAUCGAGCCAUGUCCCUGUUCCUGGUUCGGCUCCUGCAUCUGGUCCGGCCUCGUCUCCCUCCUCUUCCGACAGCAGCGAUUCCAGCUUGCCUAUUGGCGCCAUCGCGGGAGGUGCCGCCGGUGCCGUGGCUGUGAUCGCCAUUGUCGGCUUCCUCGUCUACCGCUCUCGGCGAUCCAAGCCCAUACCGAUCCUCAACGAGUCCGCCAACCCACCCUCGAACCAGUUCGGCAACCAGUUCGGCAACCAGCCCGGUAACCAGUUCGCCUAUCAACCCGCCAACCCGACCUUUGACCAGUCCGCCAACCGGCUGCCAAGUGGCAAGUAUGACACCUCGGCCCCGUUCCAGCCCAAUCCGAUAUCCCCAAACCCUCUUCCGAUGUACGCCCCAGCCCACAGCAACAGCUAUACACCAAACGGAGCCCCUCCAUCAGUGCCAUCGCAGGACAUUGCGCUCGUGCCCGUCCAGUCUGCUUCCGGCAUGCCUCAGCCUCCGGCAGACGCCUAUGUUCCUCACCAGCCUCAUGUGACCGGCGCUCCUGCCGCCCACCAUCCCCGUACCAUCACAACGGUGGCGAGCUCCGGCAAGGGUGAUUUUAACAACCCAGCCACCUCCAUGCCAUACGACGGAUACUCCAGCGCACCGCUCGCCGCCAACUCGGGCUAUGGCGGCGGCAGCUCGGCGUAUGCUCCCGUCGGCGGAUCAGGACCGACCAAGCUGGAGAUGUACGACCCCAACCCGCCUGCAUACACUCGCUGAGUGAUGGUGCCUUCGCAGCCCCUUCGACCAUCAGUACUAUCUACCGGUGAACCUACUCAUCCAAGACUUGGCUGCUCGCGAUGCGCGGUACUAAUCUAUGUUCCUGCUGUUAGUGAAAGCUAUGAAUACUAUGUCUCUCUGCCUGAUACGCCGUCGUGAGCCUACGUCAUUAUUAUACACCGCCGUUGAAUACGCCCUAAAGAUGGCGAGGGACGAUUGCUGCCUCGUGCACCAAUGGCAGGGAGUUGCUGUCCCAUCCCUCUCCAAGAACGACCGCCGUGUCCUCGACGCCUUCUGAUAUAGAGUAAUAGCGCGCACAUGCCAACGAGACUGGGUCUGUUAGUUCAACAUAACGAGCACCGUAUGCAUGUAUUUUCUGGCUGAGGGGGAGGGGAAGGAAACAACA